ACGAAAGAAAACUACCAGCAUCCGUUGUACUUACUCCGGACGCCAGACCGACCAAUCACAGUCCAAGUAUUCCGCAAGAGGAGAGGUAUCUCGUCUUUGAUUGGUUGGUUUCCGAGGAUAUUUUGUAAAAGUUGUUUCGCGGAUUCUUUGGUUGGAUUCCGGUAUUCUGUAGUUGAAACAGAACCAUUACAAGAAAACAUUCUCAUAAUAUUGCAGAUGCCGCAAACCGUACUGCAGUGUACAGGAGAGAGUACAGCUGAGGAUACUAGAUCUGACGGUAGUGUGUACAGCAGCAGGUACAGUAGCGUGUACAGCGGGGACCAAGACAUUAGGCUGUACAGCGGAGACCAGGAGAUCAAGCUGGAGACCCAGGGGAGGGAUGUCAAGCUAGACUCUAGUUGUCAAGACCGGGGUUUCUUCGAUAUUCAAGAAGAGAGGAAUAAUCGGUCCCCAGGUUUUUUGAGACAAGCAGAUUUGCCAGCUAAACACGAAUAUCUGAUUAUGGAGCAACGAAGACGAGAGCUCCAAGAAAGGUUCCAGACAAGCAUGGAGCAAGGGUUUGCUCCCAACAUCUUCCCUACCUCCAACUUCUUCGCUGGCUCCAGGAAUCUGGAGCAAGGCGAAGAAUAUCUGGGCCAUAAACCUGGGCUUGCAUUUAACGCUUCCAAUUUAAGGAAAAUAGCUUAA